AUGGCCGCCUUGCGUCUUACAUCGGCACCUUCAGGCGUGCGCGCCGCCGCGACGUCUCCGCUGACCUCACAGCUCUGGUCCUCCUGCGCAAACCCCACGAGCACUUCUCUGCACACGCCGAACGUCCCGACGCAUCCCUCGACCGCCGUUGCUACCGUCGCUGCGGCAGCCGCGGUGGCAGCGACCGCAACAGCUCCGUCUCCGCCUCCCCCUCCAUUCGUUCUUGCGCGCCAGAGGACGAAGGAGGGCGAGCCCCCGAAGCGCUACUUCAACCCCUCCAACACGGUGCUAGCCGACGGCGGGAAGCCGGGGAAGAAUCCCGGUAACGAAAACAAUGCCAAUCUAGGCAAGACCGCUCUUUGGAGCGCCCCGAUCGCCUGGAACAGGCUACCUCUGGUCGGCAAUGUGCGGUUGUCCAUCAUCUCCGAGCGCGUGACGAAGCAUCCUCUCCCCUUUGCGCCCUUGCGCUCGGGAGCUGUGCCGGAGCAGCUCGUCGUCAGGUGGUGCGCCGGUGGGAAGAACGGCUCGGCCACGACGACAACGGCAGGGGGCGCCGCAACGGAAAAGGAUGGCGACAAACCCUUCACGGGGCUGUUCGUGUUCCAGUUCGACUCCGAGGGACGGAUACUGAGCCAUACCAUCGAGACGGUGCAGGAAAGCGGGGACUGGGAGAAGGGCGUGGGGGCCAAGGUCGUCGGGCUGACGGACUGGCUGCUCGGCGGGAUGCGGAGGGGAAAUGACAGCCCGAGUCCUGCUUGCAAGGGCUGA